AUGGAGACGGUUAAGGCGAUUGAGAAGGCGAUUUGUCGAUUUCUCACCAAUUUGGUGACGGUUUUUAGUUUUUUGGACGGCGUAGUGGGAGAUUUGGAGGUUUCGAUCCACUAUCUGUCGGUUAUACCCACGUCAAACUCCUCUAUACGACGUGAAGCAGUUUCUACGGAAGUUAUCGGAAGAGGUUUUUUGUAUAAAUGGAGAUCCAGAGUUCCAUCAAUUCCCUCAUCUUCAACAAAUAUCUCUUCUUUGUUGUAUUACCCAUUCCGGUAUUACGAAAUCAUUAGCAAAAUGGCUGACAACUUACGACGCCAAAUUCAAGAUCUAGAUCUGGGUGCUCAUGACGAACCAGUUUUGCUUCCGGUCGAUUUCGUGGAACAGGCGGCGGCGGAGAACCGUUUCAUUCUCAUUGGUCGUCCAACAAUGCCACGACGCCAAAAUCUCCGCUCACUUAUUGCGGUGCUUCCCGGAUCUGGAACCAACCAGAGGUCCAUGGCCGCAUAA